AUGGCCAUGUAAGAGUUUCUAAAGGUUUCUUAGGCUUGGGACUUUAAGGCCUAUCCUAUCCUAUAGAUAGUCAUUUAGAGUCUACUAUCUAUUAGAAAUCUAGACUCUAGAUCUCUAUUACUCUAGAAUCUAGAGAUCUAGAUCUCUAGAUCUAGCUAGAUAUCUAGAUUCUAGCUACUCAUACUCUCUUUCUUGAAUCUUUAUUUUCUCAGGCUAGAUCUAAAGUGGGACAAGACACUAGAUCUAGGCCUCGCACAAGGGUCUAAAUCUAGAUCUAGACCCACCCAAAGCCAAAGUCCAGAGAAAAAUAGUCUGGUGUUCUAAGUCUAAACAGGCGGGCAUCAUGAAGAACAACAAUGUCAAUACAGCCGUCUUAUUGUGCAACAGUGACAAGGGCAUGGAGGAAGAGGUAAAUGCAGAUGAUACUCAAGACAGACGUGGGAAAGGUGACAUUGCUGAGAGACUACCUACUGUAGACGAAAGUCCAAGUGGAGCUUCUGCAAUGCUUCCUCCAUUACCAUCGGACCUUGAUGACGAAAUAAACGAUCUGUACAGACUUGUUCCUGAAGUUGGCAAUCAUUUCACAAUUCUGAACAAAAUUGGUGAAGGAGCUUUUAGUACAGUGUACAAGGCAAGGCUAAAGCAUUACCCAGAGAUUCAGGAGAUGUUUGCUUUGAAGCACAUUGUACCCACUAGUCACCCAUCCAGGAUAGAGAAUGAAUUAAGAUGUCUGCUCAAGAUUGGAGGACAAGACAAUGUGAUGGGCGUUAAGUUGUGCUUGAGGAACAAAGACCAUGUGAUUGUCGUCAUGCCUCUUUUUUCACACGACAAAUUCCAGGAUAUCUUGCCUGUGGUGACAGUGUCUGAGGUGAGGGAGUACAUGAGGAACUUGAUGACUGCACUGAGGAGAGUUCAUGAGUUUAACGUCAUCCACAGGGAUAUCAAGCCGUCCAACUUUUUGUACAACAGACAGAAGAAGGAGUAUGCCUUGGUAGACUUUGGUCUUGCCUCUGGCACAAUGCUCACCACUCCAAAGGACGAGGAAGGGUGCGAGUGGCAGAAACUUGAGCAAACAACCACUUCUGCGGCGGCGGCAAAAGGUAUCAAACCUGCGGACACGCCAUGCACUCGUGGGAAAGGCAGACAAGCAAAAGACGACCGGUCUCCACUGUCACCCUCAAAGAAGGCGGCAGGAGAGAGGAACAAGUCAAACAUCGUUUCCACAGUGAAAUCUGGAUUGCAGUUGCAAAAGGCUGGACCGUCAUGGCAGAAGGGCCCUAUGCAUAAGCCAUCUUUUCCACCACUGGUUCCCAAUGGACUAUGUGACUGUUACGGCAAGCCGGUUAUUUGUCAGCUUUGCGUGGGAAGGAACAAUCAGUUGGCCCCACGGGCUGGCACUGCAGGUUUCCGCGCUCCAGAAGUGUUGAUGAAAUCACCUGAUCAAAGCACCGCUGUUGACAUCUGGUCUGCCGGCGUGAUCUUCCUGUCCAUCCUAAGUGGACGCUAUCCGUUUUUCCGCGCCCAGGACGACAUGGGUUACUUGGCACAGAUUGUCUCCCUGCUGGGGACAGAGGCCUGCGUGCAGGCUGCCAGCUCUUUUGGUAAACUGUUGACCCUCAGUGAGCAGACCCCGACCGUUGACCUGCGAUCAGCUUGUCUCAAACUGCGUGGCGUCCAGACGUCAUCUCGCGCUGCAUCCUCUGGAAGUCAUGUGACCAGCGAGGUGAGGGAUUCGUGGGCCGUCAUCUCAGACACACCUUUCGAUCUCCUUGAAAAGAUGCUGGACCCGAACCCUAGCUCUCGAAUCUCUGCGAAGGACGCUUUGCAGCAUCCAUUUUUUGCUGAAGAGGAUGAAGGCAGUUCUUCUUGAUGUUUGAGUCAACUUACAUCACGUAAAAGCUAGAGUUUGUAGUUCUCUUGACAUGUUGGAAACUGAUUUUUCUUAACUCUUUCUCAAACAGUCACCAUUGCGUCAAUAAUUUAAAAUUUUGGCUUGUAGUUCAUUCAAAAUACGUUUAAGAUUGGACAAAAUUACUUUAUAAAUUGUUU